AUGCCCGGAGGAAAACGAGGGCUCGUGGCACCGCAGAACACUUUCUUGGAGAACAUCGUGAGGCGCUCGAGCGAGAGCUUCCUGCUGGGGAACGCCCAGAUCGUGGAGUGGCCCGUCGUCUACAGCAAUGACGGCUUCUGCAAGCUCUCAGGAUUCCACCGUGCUGAGGUCAUGCAGAAGAGCAGCACCUGCAGUUUCAUGUAUGGGGAGCUAACAGAUAAGAAGACCAUUGAGAAAGUGAGAGAGACCUUUGAUAACUAUGAGUCCAACUGCUUUGAAGUCCUCUUGUACAAGAAGAAUCGCACCCCCGUGUGGUUCUGCAUGCAGGUGGCCCCCAUCAGGAAUGAGAAUGAGAAGGUGGUGCUGUUCCUCUGCACCUUUAAAGACAUCACCAUCUUCAAGCAGCCCAUAGAGGACGACGCCACCCGCGGCUGGGCUAAGUUUGCGCGUCUGACCCGAGCUCUGACCAAUAGCAGAAGCACCCUGCAGCAGCUCACGCCCCUCAACAAGACCGAGACCAGCUCACACAAGCCCUCACGACUGGCUGAGGUGCUGCAGCUGGGUUCGGAUAUCCUGCCGCAGUACAAGCAGGAGGCCCCCAAGACGCCCCCGCACAUCAUCCUGCACUACUGCACGUUCAAGACCACGUGGGACUGGGUCAUCCUCGUGCUCACCUUCUACACGGCCAUCAUGGUGCCCUACAACGUCUCCUUCAGGACCAAGCAGAACAACGUCACCUGGCUGGUGCUGGACAGCGUGGUGGACGUCAUCUUCCUGGUGGACAUCGUGCUCAACUUCCACACCACGUUCGUGGGCCCGGGCGGCGAGGUCAUCUCCGACCCCACGCUGAUCCGCAUGAACUACCUCAAGACCUGGUUCGUCAUCGACCUGCUGUCCUGCCUGCCCUACGACAUCAUCAACGCCUUCGAGAACGUGGACGAGGGCAUCAGUAGCCUGUUCAGCAGUCUGAAGGUGGUGCGCCUGCUGCGUCUGGGCCGCGUGGCCCGUAAGCUUGACCACUACCUGGAGUACGGAGCGGCCGUGCUGCUGCUGCUGGUGUGUGUGUUCGGCCUGGUCGCCCACUGGCUCGCCUGCGUCUGGUACAGCAUCGGAGACUACGAGGUCAUCGACCAGCGGACCAACAGCAUCCGCACCGACAGCUGGCUCUACCAGCUGGCGUCCAGCGCUGGCGCCCCCUACCGGUUCAACGCCAGCGGCGCGGGCGUGUGGGAGGGCGGCGCGGGCAAGGAGUCGCUCUACAUCACCUCGCUCUACUUCACCAUGACCAGCCUCACCACCAUCGGCUUCGGCAACAUCGCGCCCACCACCGACGGGGAGAAGAUCUUCUCUGUGGCCAUGAUGAUGGUGGGAUCCCUGCUGUACGCCACCAUCUUCGGUAACGUGACCACCAUCUUCCAGCAGAUGUACGCCAACACCAACCGCUACCACGAGAUGCUCAACAACGUGCGCGACUUCCUGAAGCUCUACCAGGUGCCCACGGGCCUCAGCGAGCGCGUCAUGGACUACGUGGUGUCCACCUGGGCCAUGUCCAAGGGCAUCGACACCGACAAGGUGCUGUCCAUCUGUCCUAAGGACAUGCGGGCGGACAUCUGCGUACACCUGAACCGCAAGGUGUUCAACGAGCACCCGGCCUUCCGGCUGGCGAGCGACGGCUGCCUGCGCUCUCUGGCCGUGCAGUUCCAGACGGUCCACUCCGCGCCCGGCGACCUCAUCUACCACGCCGGCGAGAGCGUCGACCUGCUCUGCUUCGUCGUGUCGGGGUCACUCGAGGUCAUCCAGGAUGACGAGGUCAUCGCCAUACUAGGUAAAGGUGACGUGUUUGGUGACGUGUUUUGGAAGGAGGCGACUCUGGCGCAUGCGUGUGCUAACGUGCGAGCGCUGACCUACUGUGACCUCCACAUCAUCAAGCGUGAGGCGCUGCUCAAAGUGCUGGAGUUCUACACGGCAUUCGCACAGUCAUUCAGCCGCAACCUCAUCCUCACCUGCAACCUCCGCAAACGGUUUGUGUUCCGUAAGAUCGUGGACGUGCGUCGUGAGGAGGAGGAGCGACAGCGGCGUCAGCACGAGUCUCCGCCCCUCCCCGCCGACCACCCGGUACGCAAGCUGUUCCAGCGCUUCAAGCAGCAGCGCCAGCAGCCCCAGAGCCACACACACACACUCACACACACACUCACACACACACACCCGCCGCAGCAGAGGGGCUCGUCCAGCUGCAGCAGUGUGGUGACCAUCAGCCAGAUCACGCCCAUACACAACGCCCUGGCCUGCCCACGCUCGCGGCCGCCCCAGAGGCAGACCUCGCCGCACCUGAAGGUGACCAACGCCGUGCGGGUCAAGCCGACGGGGUCGGCGGGCCUUAGCAACGCCCCCAGGGCCGUCUCCAUGGAGCGCCUCUCACCCCUCGGGGUCAGGGGUCACGAGGGUAAUGGCGACGGAACGUCCCGGAAGAACUCGCUGCGGAAGACGGACUCGUGGGACAGCGGCUUGACCCACAGUGACCAGCGCCUGGACCGCCUCAGUGAAGGGGGGGAGCGUGCUCGGCUGGAGUUGCGAGGGGAGCUGCGGGCUCUGAGUGGACGUCUGGCGUCUCUGGAACACAAGGUUGGACAGAUACUCCACCUGCUGACCGACCAGACGGCCACGCCCACACACACACCUGCACACACACACACACCUGCACACACACACACACCUGCACACACACCCACACCUGCACACACUCCCCCACACACACUCACCCCCAGGCCCCCACGGUCCAGACUCAGAGCUCAGGACAUCUUCUCUGUGUCCACCCCCGUCUCUCCAGACUCAGACAAGGACGACCGGUCACUGUGA